GUGGCACACAGCAGUCGGUAGAGCAGCUCCGGGGGCUAUCGUAGCAACGUGAAGCAUUGUGGGGCAGAGGCGGCCUUCUCUUCAUUGAGACCGGCAAGACUUGCUGAAGUAUAUAUCGGAGGCAGAAGAUUUCUGUAUUAGCUAAUUAAUAGUUUGACUAAAAGCACUAAGCCUCAGUUUCUUUAGACAUGGGGCAGGAGGAGCUUAUGAGUCGAGCCGAAGAUGUGGCGGACCAGUUCUUGCGGAUGACGAAGCAGUACCUGCCUCACCUGGCUCGGCUGUGUCUCAUCAGCACCUUCCUGGAGGACGGCAUCCGUAUGUGGUUCCAGUGGAACGAGCAAAAGGACUACAUCGAGGCGACGUGGGGCUGUGGCUACUUCCUGGCCACCUGCUUUGUGCUGCUCAACCUCACAGGACAGCUUGGUGGCUGUGUCCUUAUCCUCAGUAGAAAUUUUGUACAGUAUGCCUGCUUUGGAUUAUUUGGAGUCAUAGCUCUACAGACGGUUGCAUACAGUAUUUUAUGGGAUAUAAAAUUUCUGAUGAGGAACCUUGCUCUUGGCGGUGGACUCCUGCUGUUACUAGCAGAGUCGCGUUCAGAAGGGAAGAGCAUGUUCGCUGGCGUCCCCUCCAUGGGGGAGAGCUCACCGAAGCAGUACAUGCAGCUGGGAGGGAGAGUCCUGUUGGUGCUCAUGUUCAUGACCCUGCUGCACUUUGACCCCAGCUUCUUCUCGAUCCUCCAGAACAUGGUGGGCACGGCUCUCAUCAUCCUGGUGGCCAUUGGCUUCAAGACCAAGCUGGCCGCACUGACCCUGGUAAUAUGGCUGCUGGCCAUCAACGUCUACUUCAACGCCUUUUGGACGGUGCCCGCCUACAAGCCUAUGCAUGACUUCCUCAAGUACGAUUUCUUCCAGACCACGUCCGUCAUCGGAGGGCUGCUGUUAGUCGUGGCACUGGGGCCCGGCGGGGUGUCCAUGGACGAGAAGAAGAAGGAGUGGUAGGGAGAGGGAGAUGCACAAACACCACUGACCCCAGGACACACAAGGACCCCCAGGUUACUCGUCAUUUUUCUGACCAUCCACAGCAACCUCUCCCUCCACCGUUCUGUCUCCUCCUUUUCUUUUUUCACAUUUUGUUUUCCAGCUGCUGUUUGUUUUUAUGAGGUCAAUAUGGUCGGUACUGGAUUAUUUUAUACACCUAUUUAUGUCCCCUUUAUUUUGGUGGCAAGGAAAAAGUCAGAUUUUGAAUAAACUGUCAAAGUGCAAAGUAACUAAUUCAUGAGUGAUGGGUGGAUGAAAAAAAUAAUUGGUUCUGUGUUGGAGAGGUAUGAAUAUCACAAUGUAUUCAUGGAUGUUAUCAUAUAACCUUUCAGAAAGAAACAGUUUUUUGUGAAUAGCUGAAAAACAGUGGUGAGUACGUGUAUCAGUUUGCUGGCCAAGGAAGGCGCCAAUCUUUUCCUGCUUGUUGGACCAUCUGUGACUUGCUCAUAUCAAUACUGAGACCUCUGGUACUGAAUACAAUACGAUUCUCCCUCACUCUAGGUUGCCAUCUUCCCUGCUUUUCAGAAGUCCCAGGCCUCAUCCUUACACACAUCCAGUCCCAUGGCUGUGACUCAUGGUUUGCAUAUGGAGAUGAGUUGUGGGGGAUGUGUGCAUUGUAUACUACUAUUCAAAAUGAUGGAUUGAAGUUGUGCUUGAUUGAAUAUUGAAACAAUUGUUAGCACCAGAACUCUUUUUUGGGCUCUUUGUUCUUUACAUCUAGGGCAAAUGCCUAACUAGUAACUGUAUUUUAACAGGGCAGUAGUGGGAGUUUGACAUUUGUGAAACGCCAUAUUCCUCAAUCUAAAGAAGCAAGCAGAACUGAAGAGUCAACAAUCACCCUGACUUUUUCCUUUGUUCAGUAUUUUUACUUUAUACUGUAUAAGGAAAUAAACAUCUUGAGUUUA